GGCUUCCUUAGAGACACUUUGGGGGGCAAGGUGAAAUGGGGAGAAUUUUAUAUCCUUGGAAUUAGAUUGCCUGGGUUUCUUCAUACUUAGAGAUAGAGACCUUUCCUGUCCGUGCUCUUUCCCCCCUCCCGCAAAAAAAAACCCUACUCCGCGCCGUAGGAAUCGAGCCCUUUUGACUUCUCCGGCGCGCCGUCGUCGGGGAAGUCUGGGGCAUUGGCCUUGCCCUUCCCAUCCUCCCGCGGACGUCCGACUGUACCCGCUGCCAUGGCGACGCUGCUGCGCGGGGCCCUGCGCCCCCUCCGCGCCUUCCAAGGCCGCGGGCAGCCGGCUGCAGAUGUGCCCCUUCGUGCCACGAGCCAUGGCACCGGCCUCCUCUACCCCGAACACAUCCCCACUUCCCUGCUGCAGAAGGCGCUGUUGGCCGCGGGCUCUGCCGUAAUGGCCCUCUACGACCCUUAUCGCCACGGAUUUCUAAGUCUGGAAAAUUCUGUUACUCCUGCUAGUAAAAACAAUAAUGCUGGGAGUUCCCGUUGUGUCUCAGCGGUUAACGGCGGUAACGAAUCUGACUAGGAUCCAUGAGGACGCAGACAUGGUUGCAGUUCUAGGAGAGACCACAGGACGCCGAACCCUGAAGUUCCUCAGGGACCAGAUGAAGAGGGAUCCAGAGGGUGCCCAGAUCCUGCAGGAGCGUCCCCGGAUCUCGAUGUCCACCCUUGACCUGGAGAAGCUCCGAAGCCUGCCUGAGGGCUCCUUUGGCUGCGAGUAUCUCCGUUUCCUGGAUGUGAAUAGGGUCUCCCCAGACACCCGAGCACCGACGCGAUUCGUGGAUGACGAGGAGCUGGCGUACGUGAUCCAGCGGUACCGGGAAGUGCACGACAUGGUCCACACUCUGCUGGGGAUGCCCACCAACAUCCCGGGGGAGAUCGUGGUGAAGUGGUUUGAGGCUGUCCAGACCGGCCUGCCCAUGUGCGUCCUGAGUGCGCUCUUUGGCCCCAUCCGACUCAGCGCCCAGAGCCUGCAGGUGCUGGUCUCGGAGCUGAUCCCUUGGGCUGUUCAGAACGGACGCAGAGCCCCGUGCCUCCUCCACCUGUACUACGAGCGCCGUUGGGAGCAGCCCCUGCGGGCCCUGCGGCAGGAGCUGGGCAUCACGGAGCCCCCCGUGCGCGUCAAGGACCUGGUCUAGGCCCCGAGGCACUGAGCCAGGAGGGCCUGGCGCAGCUCCCAGCCCCCCAGCCCCGCUCCCCGGGGGGCAGAGCGCCCCUUUGCCAGGACCUUUUCUUUGAACUCAGCCCUUGGACAUCAUUAAUCAUAAUUUACCAUAACCAGGAGUUCCCAUCGGGGCUCAGUGGUAACAACCCAGCUAGUAACCAUGACGAGGCAGGUUUGAUCCCUGGCCUUGUUCAGUGGGUUACGGAUCUGGCGUUGCUGUGAACUGCGGUUUAGGUCACAGACUCGGCUUGGAUCCCGGGCGGCUCUGGCUGUGGUGUAGGCCAGCAACUACAUCUCCAAUUUGACCCCUAGCCUGGGAACCACCAUGUGCCACCGGUGCAACCCUAAACAGACCAAGAAAAGAAAGAAAUAAAAUUGAAUUCUCUAAAAACAAAAAA